AUGAAAGGCCUUUUCUUUUGCGCUAUUUUAUUUUCUAGCGCGCAAUAUGCAAAAAGCACGUGUUUGGACACUGGAAAGUUUCCGAACAAUGCAGAACCAGACUGUCGAGGGUUCACCAUGUGUCUAAAAGGAGCCGCGGGAUUCAUACAAUACAGUCUUGUUUGUCCUGAAAAUUCCAUUUUCAGCCACAUAGACAGCCAGUGCUCGAAUAUCACAGAGUAUAAAUGCUUGCCGAAUUAUAAUUGCUCUCAAGUGGACAAUAUUCCUCAACCCCAAAAUGAAUGUACAACCUAUAUAUCAUGCAUAAUUGAUUUAAACAACGUUUUCUCUGCUCGUCUCAUUACAUGUCCAGUCAAUACAGUUUUCAACGGAAGCCUAUGUGUCGAGAAAGAUUUAUACCUAUGUCCGUUUCUGCAUCAACAAACUACGGAAAAACCAAAUGCAAUUGACGUGGUCAUAAAUAACUUUGAAGCAAAUGCAACGAUUAGUGCCGCUGUCACCUUACUAAGUUCUCAUUUCCUUUAUUGUGUCAUUCUCGCCUCUUGUUGUUACUCAAUAAUGAAAUUGUGA